CACAGAUAUUGUAUCGUGUACAAAAAGGGUUAGGAGUUGUAUUUUACAUUUUUACAACAUGCGUUCAGAUAAGGGACAUUUAGGUACUUUUUCUUAAAUAAAAAGAUGUUUGCUUUUUUUAUAUAUUCUGUUAAUAUAAAGUAAAUAUUUAUUUCAUACUGUUAUUCUCUAAUGUUAUUUGCACAUUACACAACUAUUGCACAAUAAUUAAUGUACAACUUACUCAUAUUGGAUAUUUUUCUUUAUUUUUAACGAAAUAUAUGUAAUAUUUAGGUAAUUUUACUCUUGACAAUGAAAAGAAUGAAGAAAGUGAUGAAAGUGAUGAUAAUAUACAAACAUCAUCAGAUGACAGCAGUUUGAGCAGUAGUGAUGAUACAGACAUUAAUGAAGAACUUCUUGAUUCAAAUAAUACUCAUACGAGUGGUAGUACAGAACCAACUUUAUUAAAUUCAGAUGAGGAGGAAGAUGAAGUUGUAAAAGCAAUAAUUAGAUCAAAAAAUGUAAAUACAAAUCAUCCUCCAGCUAUUACAACAGAAGAUCAUGUGGUAGAUAUAUGUUUUCAUCCUAAUUCAAAUAUGAUCGCUGUAGCUAAUAUUGUUGGAGAUAUACAUUUAUACAAAUACAACAAUACAGAAACAGAGCUGAUGUCAACUUUAGAAUUGCAUCUGAAAGCAUGUCGUGACAUAGAAUUUAAUGACACCGGCACAACUUUAUUUUCAACUGCUAAGGAUUUAUGUAUAAUGCUUACUGAUGUACAAACUGAAAAGUUAAUAAGACUUUAUGAAGAUGCGCACGAUAUGGGAUCUUCGAGAUUCAAAAAAUCUGCCUAUAUUUACAUUAAAAAAAAUGGAAGAGUAUGUGAGUGCUAUAAUAACAAACAGAGAAGCAAAAUAUUUAGUUUGUGCAAGUGGAGAUGGAUGUCUUACAACAUUUAAUAUGCCAGGAAAGAAACUGCAUGUCCAAUCAGAAGAAUAUGAAGAAGAACUGACAUGUCUUGGUUUAUUUAAAUCUGAAACAAAACUUUUGGUGGGUACAAGUAAAGGAAAACUGUAUGUAUAUAAUUGGGGAGAAUUUGGUUUACAUUCAGAUGAAUUUCCGAAUUUAACUAAAAAAGCUAUGAACUGUAUGAUUCCAAUUACUGAAAAUGUUGUAAUAACAGGUGGAGAAGAUGGAAUACUUAGGGCUAGCAGUUUGUUUCCUCAUAAUCAUCUUGGAAUAGUAGGACAACAUGAUCUUUCUAUUGAAGCACUUGACGUUAAUAGCGAUGGUUCUUUAAUUGCAUCUUCUUCACAUGAUAACGAUAUCAAGUUUUGGAAUGUACAGUACUUUGAAACUUUAGAUGUUAAUGAACGUGUGAAAGGUGGGAAGCAGAAACAAUUAAAACGUAAUCUUCCAAGUAGUAAAAUUGAUAAUGUAUCUAGCUUUUUUUCGGAUCUUCAAUAAAAAAGAUAAUAAAUUAUUAUGAAUGUAUAUUAUAAAUUUACAAAUAAUGAAAUUAUGCUCCAUCUAUAAUGCUGAGAUAAUAUAUUUUCAUAUACAAAUAUGCUUAUUGGAUGGAUAACAUAUGCAUACAUAUCAUAUAUGUAUAAUAAAAAAUUGAACACAGUUAUACAUAUACUUUUUAAAGAUAAGAAUAAUCAAGUAUAUAUUUUAAUGAAUUACAUAUGAAGAUUUCCAACUACAUCUAUCAUUUUAUUACAUUUAAUAAAAUUUAGAAGUUCAAUAAGGAUUAAACAAAUUUUGUGCAACUUAAAAAUAUACUUCAAAUGUACACCUACAUUACUUCAAAAACAUUAACAAAAUAUUUUUGAUGUUACUUUUUAAUAUUUUUAAUGUUGCGAAAUAAGUAUUAUACAAGAAAAUAAAUCUUAAUGAUCGCUUAUUCUUACAUGUUUAUUGCAACAUAAAAAUAUUUUUCUAAAUUAAUUAUAAAUAAUAAAUAUUUUGUUACUGUCUAUUAUAAUUAGAUACUAUAAUAACAGUAUACAAAAAUUAUUUCUUAAUUUGAUUCUUUAAUUCUGUAUUUUAUUUAAAAAUAUUAUUUGCAAAUGGAGAGCUUUUUCUUCAAUAAUAAGAUUCUAUUAAAUAAUAUGUUUAUAAAAAGAAAUGAAAAAUAUUCAUAAUAUAUUCAAUGUUGAUUACAUAUUUCACUUCUUAUAAUUUACAUUUAAUUUAAAAAAAAAUCUGUUUAAUAUAAAUAUAUAAAAUGUAUUAUAAUGCAAAAAUGCACAUUUUUUGUCACAUUAUGAUAAAUAAUACUGACACUAAAUAAUUCAAAAAUUUAAAAUUGAAUACAAAUUAAAUAUCUUGCAAAUAUUAAAUACUUUCGUAUACAUUUCAAAAAUUACUAAUAAGAAUUUUAUUUUACAUAAGAAAUAAGAUGAAAUACGAAUAUUCUUAAUGAUUAAACAUAUUAAAUAUUAGCAAUGUAUUAUGCAUAAACGAAAAUAUUAUAUCUAUUAUUAUAAAUUAUAUGUCAGAACUUAUAUUUUUCUAUAGAAAAACAAAAAAAGAUUAAAUAAUUUUAAUGAGAACAUAAUACAUUAAUUAAAAAUUUUUAGAUAAAUGCUCCAAAAUCUUAUUAUAAGUUAUUUAAAAAAUGA